AUGGCCGGAGAUAUCAGCCGGACACUCCCCAAACUCAAAUCCAGCUCGAAGAACUCGUCUAUCGCGGCGGAAAAGGUCACCGGAGACAAUAUCGCCCACGGGAACUGGAAGGCUGGCAGGGGAAUGGAAUGGAUCGAUCUUGCAUACGGUCAGACAACGGACCUGGUAAUCGGGUCUGCACUAUGCCCCAAAGUAAAACAUUUCAAAGACUUCAAUGGCGAGAAACUCUCAAACUACUGUGUAGGGAGUGAUUUGGGGGUUCGUUGGGAGGGGCCGAAGGAUGUCCAGCUUAUCCACUCCACGUCUGUUUUGAGCGGCGUGCAGAGCGAGCCGAAUGGUGCAAGUGGGAAAUUCGAUACAUGAUGAGGGGUCGCGGGGUUUGAUCGGGAUUUUUAUGGACUUGCAUCAUCGGAUCGAGUGAUCUUGUCUAUCGUCAUGGGUUAUAGAGAUUA